AGGUAUUUCUGAAUUAACAGGAGGGUCUAAAAUUCUAAGUGAAGACUUCUAUUAAUAAUUUUAGAAGAAAGCAUAACACCUUUUAGUGAAGGUGUCAUUCAAACCUGAACCUGAAUUAUUAUGAUUAGAUCUAUAAUUUAAUAGUAAAUUGCAGUAUUUUUCUUUACUGAUAUCCACAUAAUAUAAAGUAUGGCUUCUAUUUUACCUGCUUCUAAUAGAUCCUUGAGACCUGACAGGAAUACAUAUGAUGGGAAAAGAUUUGUUCAUGUUAAAAAUCCCUACCUGGAUACUAUGGAUGAAGACAUCCUCUAUCACUUGGAUUUAGGAACAAAAACACAUAAUCUACCAGCAAUGUUUGGGGAUGUCAAGUUUGUCUGUGUUGGUGGGAGCCCCAAUAGAAUGAAAGCAUUUGCACUGUUCAUGCACAAGGAGCUUGGGCUGGCAGAAGGUGGAGAAGACAUUAAAGACAUCUGUGCUGGAACUGACAGAUACUGCAUGUUCAAAACCGGGCCAGUGCUCUCCAUCAGUCAUGGGAUGGGAGUCCCCUCCAUUUCUAUUAUGCUUCAUGAACUUAUCAAAUUACUACAUCACGCACGGUGCUGUGACGUUACUAUUAUCAGAAUUGGUACAUCGGGGGGAAUAGGGAUUGCACCUGGAUCUGUUGUAAUAACAGAUACAGCUGUAGACUCCUUCUUCAAGCCCCAGUUUCAGCAGGUAAUUUUGGACAACGUUGUCACUCGAAGUACUGAACUUGACAAGGAGCUGGCUGAAGAACUAUUCAACUGCAGCAAAAGAGUUCCCAACUUCCCAACCCUCAUUGGACAUACAAUGUGUACCUAUGAUUUUUAUGAAGGCCAAGGUCGACUCGACGGAGCAUUGUGUGCUUUUUCUAGAGAAAACAAGUUAGAUUACUUGAAGAGAGCAUAUGAAGCUGGUGUCAGGAAUAUUGAAAUGGAAUCUACAGUAUUUGCAGCCAUGUGUGGACUCUGUGGUCUAAAAGCAAUGAAGAAUAUCAGGCUUUGGAAACUGCCUGCUGAUCAUUGAUAAAGUAAAACAGAUUUAACAACAAAAAUGAAAGGCUAUGGUAAAUUUGGAGCAGAAGUGCUUCUUAACCCUAAAAAGAAGAUAAAUCAGGAUUUAGAAAAAUUAUUAUGGAAGGGUAUGAGGCCACCAAUUACAUCCCCCUUCACCACACAAGAUAAAAAAAAAAAGAAAGAAACUAUGACUCAGAGAUGUUAGAUAAUUUUCUCACCUUUCAUGACGGAGAAAUAGCUGAAUCGGAUUUGGGACUCAGCUCAGACUGAGGCCCCUUUGCACUAUCCUGUGCUGCUUCUUGCCGACAGCCUCUCUGUGCAGGCACAAGGUUUGUUGUCUCACCCAGAAGAACCAGAAUAUGCAUCAAGUCACUGAAGAUUCAUCCAUUCCCAAUGUUGUGAACAUUUAGUUGCACAACAUCACCAAGAAAACCC